UAGCUGUUUCCCAUUCUUGAUCGACUUGUCGGACCUACUUAAAAGUAAUUUGCAUGUUACUUUAAAUAGGUAGCUAUGUUAACAUAGGGAGAGAAUCAUAAAAUGUUCCAUUGCAUUUUCUAGUUAAUGUUUAACGGAAUAUUGGCCUGAGUUUCAUAUUUGCUAGCAAGUAGCGCCUUGGUGCGUGGUCACGUGAUUCGGAGAGCGUUUCUUAUUGGCUCUGCAGUGCGCAGACUCAUAAAUCCAUCAUGGCUGAGCCUUUGUAGCGGGUUUUCGAAAUCGUUAGUUUCCUUUUUCUGUGCUAUAUAUGGAUCCAAUCCCGUUUUUUUUAUAAAAGAAGAAAAGAACAAACAGCAUUCUUGAAAUGGAACGUAAAGAAGCUAUCUUGGAUGGAGAAACCUUCUCCUGUUCAAUCUGUUUGGAUCUACUGAAGGAUCCAGUGACUAUUCCCUGUGGACACAGCUACUGUAUGAACUGCAUUAAUGCACACUGGGAUGAAAAGCAUCAGAAAGGAAUCCACAGCUGCCCUCAAUGCAGAGAGACCUUCACUAAGAGGCCAGUUUUAAAGAAAAACACCAUCUUAGCAGCUUUAGUGGAGCAACUGAAGAAGACUGGACUCCAAGCUGCUCCUGCUGAUCACUGCUUUGCUGGACCUGAAGAUGUGGCCUGUGAUUUCUGCACUGGAAGAAAACUGAAAGCCAUAAAGUCCUGUUUGGUCUGUCUGGCCUCUUACUGUGAGAAACACCUUCAGCCUCAUUAUGAUUCAGCUACAUUUAAGAAACACAAGCUGGUGAAACCUUCAAAGAACCUCCAGGAGAACAUCUGCUCUCAACAUGAUGAGGUGAUGAAGAUGUUCUGCCGCACUGAUCAGAAGUGUAUCUGUUAUCUCUGCUCUGUAGAGGAACAUAAAGGCCAUGACACAGUGUCAGCUGAAGCAGAAAUGGCUGAGAGGCAAAGCGAGCUGGAGGAGAGACGAGGAAGAAUCCAUCAGAGAAUCCAGGACAGAGAGAAAGAUGUGAAGCUGCUUCAACAGGAGGUGGAGGCCAUCAAUCACUCUGCUGAUAAAACAGUGGAGGACAGUGAGAAGAUCUUCACUGAGCUGAUCCGUCUCAUCCAGAAAAGAAGCUCUGAUGUGAAGCAGCAGAUCAGAUCCCAGCAGGAAACUGAAGUGAGUCGAGUCAAAGAGCUUCAGGAGAAGCUGGAGCAGGAGAUCACUGAGCUGAAGAAGAAAGAAGCUGAGCUGAAGCAGCUCUUAAACACAGAGGAUCACAACCAGUUUCUCCACAGCUACCCCUCACUGUCAGCACUCAGUGAGUCUACACACUCAUCCAGCAUCAAUAUCCGUCCUCUGAGACACUUUGAGGAUGUGACAGCAGCUGUGUCAGAGCUCAGAGAUAAACUGCAGGACAUUCUGAGAGACGCAUGGACAAACAUCUCACUGACAAUCACUGCAGUGGAGGCUUUACUUUCAGAUCCAGAACCAAAGAGCAGAGCAGAAUUUCUUAAAUAUGCAUGUAAAAUAACAUUUGAUCCAGAUACAGCACAUAAUAAUCUGCUGUUAUCAGAUGGGAACAGAAAGGUUAGAGUGACUGAUAAACUUCAGUCUUAUUCUAAUCAUCCAGAGAGAUUUACUGAUUGUUUCCAGGUCCUAAGCAAAGAAAGUCUGACUGGACGUUGUUACUGGGAGGUGGAGAAGAGAACCAAAGCCGUUUACAUUGCUGUCUCAUACAAGAACAUAAGUAGAGCAGGGAAUGGAAGUGGACUGGGAUAUAAUAACAAAUCUUGGUCUUUGUAUUGUUUCCAAAAUGAAUAUGAAGUUUUCCACAAGAAAAUCUCAACUUCCUUCUCAGCUCCUUAUGCCUCCAGAAUAGGAGUGUACCUGGAUCACUCAGCAGGUGUUCUAUCCUUCUACAACGUCUCUAAAACCAUGAUUCUCCUCCACAGAGUCCAGACCACAUUCACUCAGCCGCUACAUGUUGGUAUCUGGAUUUUUAACUUUGGAGAUACUGUUGAACUUGGUAAAAUGAAAAAAACAAAAAAAUAGACAAGAUGUUGGGUUUCUCUUUGCGUUUGAAGCUGUUCUUUCAGUAUUAAUCCUACUUUCAAAUCAACAUCAUCUCGUCAUGGGAUCAUAUUUUUAGUUGUGGUCAAAUGUUUCUGAAGAUUUAUACUCAUUUUUUUUUAUUUCUCUUUUUAUAACAUUGCAUUGAUUUAUCCAACUGUUUUUGUCUGCAACUAAAUUUUGUUUUGUAUUUUUUUUUACUUUUGCUGUUUCUGAAGUUGGAAAAUAAACUAACUUAGCUACAACAAUA